UCAUGAGAUUAUUUAUCUUUAAAAAAAUAAACAAUUAAGUUCGAUCGUUUCUUUAGCAUUAUCAAUCUGCCGACAGAUAUCGAGGCCAUCAAAGAUUUAAAAGGGUCCCUCUCUGUGUCUCCGUCUCUCUCUCUCUCUCUCUCUCUAUCUCUCUCACUUUGAAGCAGCUCAUUCGAGCACUCGACUCAAUUUCUCCUACCUGCUCUGUUUUUCUUUCCCUCUCUCCCUCUGCAAAUUGACGUUACUUUGCUCCGUUUCUCUCGCCCAUGGAGUUCUGCCGGAAUGUGUCGGUUCCCGGAGACUCGCAGCCGAAGCUCGGUGGCUUCGCAAGCAACAGUCUUGACGAGCUCUUCUCCAAUCAGAAGCCGGAAGCUGAUGUUAGCAUGGAGUGGCUGUCAGUCUUUGUGGAGGACUGCUUGUCCAGCAGUGGAAACACACUCCAGGUCCAAACGCUACCGACGCCUUCCUCAGCAUCAGUUCCUUCCAAAACGCCCAGCAAGCCUUCCUCGACAAAUUUGCCGUCGCUCCACAAGAUUGUGGUCACAGGCAAGGCGAGGAGCAAGAGGAAGAGAAUCGCAGCCGCCAAAACCAAGAACAACGCGUUCCUGAUGAUGCCCGCUUGGCCCAACCACUCCGCCGACCCGCUCUUGCUCCACCAGUCCCACUGGCUCGCCGACAGCGAGCUCAUUCAGCCCAAGAAGCAAGAACAAGAACAAGAACAGACCAAGAAGCAGGAACAAGAACUGCCCAAGACAACCACCACCAACAUGCCAAGUAGUCCCACGCAAUGCGACGCAGAGGAGGAGGAAGCGGUGGAGAGCAAAGAAGACCACUCGGAGGAGAGCGGAGGCGGCGGCGGCGGAGGAGCAGGGCAGCAGGGGACGGGGAGGAGGUGCACCCACUGCCUGUCGCAGAGGACGCCGCAGUGGAGGGCGGGGCCAAUGGGGCCGAAGACGCUGUGCAACGCGUGCGGGGUGAGGUACAAGUCGGGCCGGCUGCUGCCGGAGUACCGGCCGGCCAAGAGCCCCACCUUCGUGAGCUACUUGCACUCCAACUCCCACAAGAAGGUCAUGGAGAUGAGGAGUUCGAACGUCUCCCUCCUCUCCCCUUCCGGCGAGAGGAGGUGAAAAAAAAAAAUCCCAGAGGAAAGGUGAGGGGUUUUUCUCCAGUCAGGUUAGAUUAGGUGAUUAUUAGGUAAAAACUUCUACGUUAAGAUAGGAAAAAUAUUUGUUAUCCAUGGCGAAAAGACCCUUCGUUUAGUUAUUAAUUCUCAAUGAUGAUUUCUUGAGGCUCUGGCUGGGUUUCAUUUCAUUC